AUGUUAGAAGUGGAUGUAGGGAACCUUAGAUUGCAAAGCAUAAAGCUUUCACCACAGUCACAGGAUAGCCCUGACGAAGGAGAUGAUUUAAAUGCUUUUAUGGAGCAAUCUGGUGCAGCAUCACCUGGUGUGUUAGUUUUAAUAACAGGAUUGAGCAAACCAUUUCGAAGAUUGCAUAAAUAUUCAGCUAUGCUGCAAGAACUAGAAAGACACAUGGAAUUAUCAGACCCAGAUCGGGGCGAUACUCAGAGGGGUGUAGCUGUAUAUAAAGACAUUGAUAGCGUGUGCAGUGCAACUCGAAAGCAGAAAGAGCUUCAAUUACAAGUAUUAACAGGGCCAGUUAGAGGUUGGCAAGGUCAACCUGUUACAUCAUUAGGUGAUAUAAUACAUAUGAGUUGUGUUUCAGUAGGGCCAGAUCAAAAAGAUAGGUUUUUAGUAUUGUUUCCCUCAACGAUAUUGUUUUUAAGUGUCAGUCAGAGAAUGAGUGCUUUUAUUUAUGAGGGCAAGCUACCACUAGCUGGAAAAACAAUUACUAGAAUUGAUGAUUCAGAAUUUUAUAAAAAUGUUUUUGAAAUUGAUGGUCCGCUUAUUGAAAAAAUUAUGGUGACAUGUAAAAGUUCAGGAGAAGCUGAUAAAUGGGUGGAACUUCUGAAUGCUCACGGAUCUUCUGUGAAAUGCUUACCUCCUUCCGCAAGUUCUUUGAGCAUAACACCUAAACCACCACAUAUGCCACCUCUCACUCCACAAAGUAGUUCAAGUAGAUGUUUUGCUCCAGCCAAAUCUCCUCCAGCAAAGUCUCCAGAUUUACCUAUGUAUCAACAGAGAUCUCAUUCAUUUAAUCAUCAUCAAAGUUUUACACAGUAUGCAAACGAAACUAAACCGCCGAUCAACAAUCAGAAUAAAAAUUUAUCAGCAUGGAAAUCGACAAAUAUGGGUUCUUAUCCACCGCCUCCUUCGAAUAAUUCAUUAAGACAACAAUCAAGAUCAGCUUAUGAAGAUGGUGAUCAAGUAUUUCGAGCCUUUGAAACCUAUUAUACACCUAAUGCAGCUUCAAACAAUAACACAGCUAAAGGUGAUUCCACAGACUAUGUGAACGAAGUCACAUUGAAGAGUUUGAUGAUCGCCGUCAGUCAAAUGCAGUCAGAAAUGGUCAUAUUGAAGAAACAGAUCCAAGAAGAAAGACAAGCUCGGAUUUUAUUGCAAAACCAAAUUAGGAACCAAUUUUUAGCGACUGGACCACUUUUGGACGCGCAAGAAGUUCUAGAUGCAGCUAGAGAAACGAAAUGCUAG